AUGUGGCGGACGCUUUGCAGCCUGCUGCUGGCUUGGUUCCCCUUACAAGGUAAGGACUUCAAGCGUAUGAGUUCUGAUGUUCAGGUGACGGGAGGUUUUGUCCACUCUGCCCAGCGGCCAGCUGCAUUCACGGAAGACAACGCCAUGGAGGCCACCUUGGCCGAGCCUGCAGAGACCCUCAGCGUGGAGGAAGGCCGACCACUGGAGCUGCACUGCACGGCCCCCCACAACACCUCCCUGCAGUGGCUCGCCCCCUCGGGCUUCACCAUCUUCCUCAACGAGCACUCUGCCUUACGGAGUCCCAAAUACCAGCUUCUCCACCGCUCCCCCGGCCAGCUGUCCGUCCGCCUGGUGAACACGAGCCAGGAAGACGAAGGCGUGUACAAGUGCCUGCAGUACGGCGACUCCGUGAGAACCAAGGAAGUGCGAGUCGCCGUGCUGGCAACCCCUUCCUGGCCCACCGUGGCAGCGUCUGUGGUCAGCCUGCGGGACGGACAAGAGCGUGUUGAGGUCACCUGCUCCACGGCGAGAAGCAAGCCUCCUCCGCAGAUCACCUGGCUCCUGGGGGCCGGCUUAGAGAUCUAUGGCGAAACCCACCAUGAAUUGGACGGUGAUGGGAGGAAAUGGAACAGCACCAGCACGCUCCGAGUCCACAGUCAUGGACGGACCACGGCAGUGAUCUGUGUGGUCCGACACCCAGGUCUGCAAGGAGGGACCCUGAUGGUCCCUUUCCAGUUGGAAGAUUUGGUGGCUGAAGAGGCAUCAGGCGUCCCGGAGACAAGCCCCCUUCCCACGGCAGACUCUCCGCAGCCCACCCAUCCUGUGGCAGUAAUGGAAGGUUCUAGUAUGUCAGAGACUGACAAGGAAAAGGAAGAACAGGCCACUCAGGAUCCGGACCUCAUCACUGCAGCCAUGCCUCGGUCUGCGGGGCUGGUGAGGAAGAAGAGCGGCAUCCUGCUGCUCACGCUCGUUUCCUUCCUCAUCCUCGUGCUCUUCAUCAUAGUCCAGCUCUUCAUCAUGAAGCUCCGGAAAGCACACGUGGUCUGGAAGAAAGAAAAUGAAAUUUCGGAAUACACUUUAGAAAGUUUCAGAUCAAGGUCAAAUAAUGAAGAAACGUCAUCUCAAGAGAAAAAUGGCCAUACUUCCCGCUCCAAGAGCUGCAUGAGCUACUUCACACACUUAUACUCAGAAGCAAGGACAAAGAGGAAGGAGAAGGGUCCACAGUCAAGCUUCCGGCGGGAGCGCAUCCCUCUGCCGGAGAGCAUCGUGUAGAAAGGCCGCCUGGCUUGACCACUGUGAACCCUGGGGGGCGCCUGUCCGUGGGGGCUCUCUCCUGCCACAAGACAAAGGACCUGGGGAAUCAGGCAAGUUGGGGUCCACCACUCCAAAUUGGUGCUGCAAAUUGAGGAUGGAACAAGCCAGGAUGAGAAAGCAGGAUGGCUUCGGAGAUGAUGGAAAGAUGAUGGUCCAUGCCUGUCCUGCCACACCCAGACGCUGGGCAUCGAGAUCCAUGUGCCCAGCUGACGUCUGACUGGGAACAAAAUCUUGGCAGCUAAUGAAACUACUUAAAACAUCUGCAUGACCACGGAGGUUAAGACACUGGCUUGACAUCUCACUGACAUCUUGGGGACUGACCGUGUGUGUUUGGUCCUUGGUCCUACACAUGGUUCUCUGAGCACCUCUGGGGGACGCUCCUGAGUGUGUAGCCAAGACUAGCCUCUGAGCACAACUCAGGGUGACCACAAACAGUCCCCCCAGCCCCCCAUCCCCACAUAGCACUGUAUGGCACUGUCAUCCCGUUGUUCAUUGAUUUGCUCGAGCAGGCACCAGUAAUGUCUCCAUUGUGAGACUUGUUGUUACUGUUUUUGGCAUAUCGAAUACGCCACGGGGAGCUUGCCAGGCUCUGCCAUGUGGGCGGGAUACUCUCGGUAGCUUGCCGGGCUCUCCGAGAGGGAUGGAGGAACUGAACGCAGGUCAGCCGUGUGCAAGGCAAAUGCCCUAUCUGCUGUGCUAUAGCUCCAGUACCCCUACAGACACACAAUAAAAAUUAUUUUUGACCUUUCCUUCUGUUCUCCAAGUAAGAAACUGGGAAGAAAACAGAGCCAUAGAGACAGAGUAGCAGGGAGGGCACUUGCCGUGCGUGUGGCUGACCUGGGUUUGAUCGCCGACACCACAAAUGGUCCCCCAAGCACCACCAGGAGUGAUUCCUGAGCACAGAGCCAGGAGUAAGCUGUGAGCACUGCUGGGUGUGGCCCCCAGUCCCAAAGAGGGGAGGGAAGCAGAUGACCUAAAGGUCUCAGUCCUUCGAGCUUGCCACAAAGGGGCCCCUGCGAUAGUGUAGCCUGUGAGCUGCUGGACCCUGGGCCUCCGGACCCAUGUCCCAAUGUUAGUUCAAUGUGGCCUGGUGACGUGAUUUUCCUAUUUUUUUCUUGCUAAAUCACAAAAGCUGACCUGGUAGACAAAGUUUUUACCAGGAUACUGCAUUCUGAGACCAUGUGCAGAAGAAAAUAAUAAAUCGAAUUCACUGGUUGACUUCACAGAUAUUUUUUUUAAAGAGCUACUAAUAGGAUAAGAAUAUUUUUUUUUUUGAUUCUCUGCUGUUUCCCAGGUUGCAGCCUUAUUUUCGCUUGACGUGUGAGAGUAAUCCCUGCACACACUGAUUUGGGAUGUUUCUUACUACGUGGGUCUUUAUAAACAAACUCUAAAGUAACAGACUCUGGUCUGUUGCAUGUAAACAAACAGUAAAUG